GUCUUGAGAAAAUUAGUUGGUCGCCGCCGCUUAUAGUUUAUCGCAUUUUUUCGCUAAUUGGGAAAAUUGAUCGAAUAUAGAGUGGUUGGCACGGAAUCGUUACUUUCUUAAUUGUCCACCUUCGUUAAGAGUUUCUAUUGAUUGUGUUUUAAUUGUGUAGUGAUUGUAACGAAAAGGACGAUCGCAGUGGACUCCGUGUAGAAGUUUAUGGAUUAUUUGAACCUGAACGGCGGACAGGAAUAGCCAAGUCAUGACGCUUAUAACCUUUAUUUUGUCAUUGCUACUGGUGUAUACCAAUGCAUCAAAGCUAAUCUCAUCAUCUACGUUUAAUGUUGUGCACCAUACACCAACGGGAUUGCCGCAGCAUCCAAUAUUAACAGCACUACCCAGUUCAGCAGCAUCACGAUUUGCAUUCGGCAAUACACAACCAGCUACAUCAUUUGGUGGGCCGAGCUUUUUUGGAGGAAUAACAUCACCAGCAAAUCCCUUCAUACAACCAAUAAGAAAUAGUUCUCAAAGUAGACAACAUCAGCAAGAAAUUCGUUGCCCUGCACCUCCAUUGAAGUGUAAAAAGACACCAUACCGUACAUUCGAUGGUUCCUGUAACAAUUUGCAAAAUCCAUCACUUGGAGUGGCUAUUUCACCAUACGGACGUCUGCUCACUCCCAACUAUUCCGAUGGAAUUCAUGCCCCUCCAGUAUCCGUAACCGGAGAAGAUCUUCCACUUGCUCGACUUGUGUCCUUAGUAGCCUUUGGUGAAGCUGAUAUUCCCGAUCCACAAUUCACUCUUGGUAAUAUGCAGUGGGGUCAAGUUGUCACCCAUGAUAUGAGUAUGCAAGCUGGUGGAACCCAAUCAAAGAAACACAAAACUCGUUGUUGUACGGAUGGCGGCAAAAUCAUUGAAAAGAACAUCGCCCAUCCUACUUGCUUCCCAAUUUUAGUUCCACCAAAUGAUCCAGCUCACUCACAAACUGGUCGUGAAUGUAUGAAUUUCGUAAGAACCUUAACAGAUCGUAGCCAAAAAUGUCCUGGAAAUGAGCAGAAAUUGGCUGAAGAACAAUUGACUGUUGUUACCCAUUUCAUGGAUAUGUCUUUGGUCUAUGGUAACUCACGACAACAAAAUAGUCCAUUGAGAUCGUUCCGCGGAGGCAGAAUGAUAACAGAAGAACGAAAUGGAGCUGAAUGGUUGCCGAGAAGUAACAAUGCUACCUCAGAUUGUGAUGUCCAAAGUACCACAGAAGUUUGUUAUCGAGCUGGUGAUGUUCGGGUCAAUCAGAAUCCUGGAUUGACUAUUUUCCAAACUAUUUUGCUUCGGGAGCAUAAUCGACUUGCUGAUGCUUUAGCUGCAUUGAAUCCACAUUAUGAUGAUGAGUUGUUGUUCCAAGAGGCGAGAAAAAUUAAUAUUGCGCAGUAUCAACAUAUUACGUACUAUGAGUGGCUUCCAUUGAUGUUAGGCGCUGAAAAUAUGUUGAAAAAUCGUUUGAUUUAUCCAGUUCAGGGAGGACGAUAUGUCAAUGAUUACGAUCCAACCGUUGAUCCACGCGUGUUGAACUCUCAUGCUACCGCUGCAUUCAGAUUCUUCCACAGUCAGAUUGAAGGACGUUUGGAUUUGAUAUCAGAGGUGAGAGGGAUGUCAGGAGCAUUGAGAUUGAGCGAUUGGUUGAAUCGUCCAGGCAUUCUUGAAGUUGCUGAUAAUUUCGAUUCGUUGACUCGUGGAAUGGCUACUCAACCUGAAGAGCUUACCGAUAGUAACUUUGAUACUGAGAUCAAACACUUCCUAUUCAGAAGGAGCAUGGCUUUUGGUACGGAUUUGCGAGCUUUGGAUAUUCAACGAAAUCGGGAUCACGCUCUCGCAACAUAUAACGACUUUAGAGAAUUCUGUGGAAUUCGGCGAGCUUCCACUUGGGAGGAUUUCUUGGAUUUGAUUCCAUCUAAGAAAGUUGAAGCCUUGAGAUCAUUGUACAGAAGUCCUGAGGAUGUGGACCUAACUGUUGGAGGUGCUUUGGAAGUUUUAGUAGAAGGCGCCCUUGCCGGGCCAACAUUCUUAUGCAUUUUGACUGAACAAUUCUACAGGACAAGGGCCGGUGAUCGAUUCUUCUUUGAAAGAGAGGAUCCAUUAGUUGGAUUCACCAGCGCACAACUGAACGAAAUUCGUAAGGCUAGUGUUGCUCGUCUCAUGUGUGACAACGGUAAUAACAUCACAUCGGUUCAAACUCAAGCGUUCCGAACAGUUUCGGCAAAUAAUCCUGUUCUACCGUGCACACAAAUUCCUCAAUUAGACAUCAGACAAUGGCAAGACUUAUCAUACGGACGAGAAUUCACUGUAACAGCGCAAUCAUUCUUGGAGAAUGUUUACAAGAAAAAGUAGAUUAAAAUAAGAAAAUGUAUUAUUUAUUACUUUGUGAAGAUAUUUAGGUUAUUAAUAUUCGUACGCAUCAUCUAUUCAUGUUCCUGUUCUUUUUUGUUUAUAUAGCGCAAUCAUUUUUUCCUUGCCAUUGUUGAAUUUGUAUUAAAAGUUAAAAGGACACAACAAACGAGACAAAGCACAUUCAUUUUGAGCUUUAUCUUUUUACAGAAGAAAUUUUAAAUAGUCUGAUAUAAGCGGCGGUUGACACUAACAGACUACCAAGAAUUUCCCUUGAAAAUCCUUUCUGAAUCUAUCUUUUGUAUAUAGAAUGCCAGUUUUCUAAAUUAUACAGCAUUGUAGCAAAUAAGAUCUAAGAUUUAACAAGUAUAUUCUGAAAAACUUUCCCAGUGAUGUGUAAUGUCCAACUUGUGCACAAAUUUUGUAAAAGAUACUAUUUUAUUUCAGUCUUAGAUGUAUGACAUUAGAUAGACGAUUUUCUUUCAACUAAGCAAAUAAAAUUUGUAAUGAAAAGA